AUGAGUCAGAAUGAAAAUCAUAAUCCACAAACCCCAGGACAGAACGCCUUCUUGUCUAGAAUAUUUGGACUGCAAUCUGGUGAUGUUACACAUUCAAUACAGGAUGAAGAAAUGAAUAUGUAUCCUUUGACUGGUGAUGUUCCAGCGGGUAAUACAAGUAGUUGUAGAUCUCAUUUGAGUGACGAAGAGCAAAGGAUUCCCGAGUCUGAUCAGGACUCAAGUUCACAGGAUGAAGAUAAUGCAAGGUAUGAAUCCUCUUCAGUAGCAGAUCCUAUCGGUAUGAGCGAUGUAAACUUAACCUCUUCGUAUUUAUCAAAGAAUGAUGGUAUGAAUAUUAGUUCGAAAGCUGAAUCAAUACGGAAGAUAGGGCAACUCUCUUCAGAUGAAGAAGUGUCUGACAAUCAAGCUGCAUAUAUUGAUGAGAGUGCAGACGAGGAUGCACCACUCUUUAAUGUACCAAAAGAAGAAUCACCUAAGAAAAGAAUAUCAAUAUCAAAAGAGAAAAAUAAUAAUAAAUCAAAUACUUUUGAUGCUUUGAAUGCUAAGCAUACACCAAAUAAUGGAAAUAAUUUAGGUAUCCCAUUUACUUAUAAGGUUUCAUCCAACUCGGAUAAAGGAAAUAGGACUCAACCUAGUAUAUUUCAGAAGAAAUCAAGAAAUAAGGAUAAUAACAUGAUGAAAAGUUUUUUAGUAGAUGACAAUGACAUACAAAGUCGUAAUACUAUUAAGAGGCCGAGAAUAUUUCCAAACAUAUCCAUGUUAAAUAAGAAAAGCCUCUAUAGAUUAAAUAAUCUAAGUCCCACAGAAACGGCUCUUUGGAAAUGGGCUAAUGUUGAAAAUUUGGACGUUUUUCUUCAGGAUGUCUAUAACUAUUACUUAGAAAAUGGAUUUACCUGCAUAUUUCUUCAAAAAAUAUUAAAUUUAUUAACCCUCCUAUUUGUGGUAUGGGUUUCAACAUACCUUGGUUACUGUAUUGAUUAUAAUAAAUUAUCCGGCUCACAGAAACUAGCAGAUGUGAUCGUAUCACAGUGCUAUAAAACACGUAUUACAGGCUUUGUCAAAUUUCUUUUAUGGAUUUUCUACGGGUUCGUCGUUUUAAAGGUUUUCCAAUUAUAUAUUGACUACAAGAAGUUAAGGGAAAUGCGUAAUUUCUACACAUACUUAUUAGAUAUAUCUGACGACGAGCUGCAAACCAUUCCUUGGCAAAAUGUGAUAAAACAAUUAGUAUUUCUUAAAGAUCAAAACGCUUUAACUGCCAAUGUUGUAGAGGUGAAGGCAAAAAACAGAAUUGAUGCACAUGAGGUUGCUAACAGGAUAAUGAGAAAAGAAAAUUACUUGAUUGCUUUAUUCAAUGACAAUGUACUCAACUUUUCCUUACCGUAUCUCCCCUUUGAUUCAGGGGCUUUAACAAAGACAUUGGAAUGGAAUAUUAAUCUAUGCGUGAUAGGUUUUGCAUUUAAUGAUGCAGGUUUCAUCAAGCAAAGCUUUCUUAAACCUUCACAGAGAGAUUACAUGAUAGAAGAAUUACAAAAGAGGUUUAUGCUGGCUGGAUUCCUAAACAUCUUGCUUUCUCCAUUUUUAGUGGCCUACUUUGUCUUACUUUAUUUCUUCAGAUAUUUUAACGAGUAUAAAAACACCCCUGGAUCUAUAGGAGCUCGCCAAUAUACACCAAUGGCAGAAUGGAAAUUUAGAGAAUAUAAUGAAUUGUAUCAUCUAUUCAAGAAAAGGUUAGGUUUGAGUAGGAAAUUAAGCAACAAAUAUGUUGAGCAAUUCCCAAGAGAAAAGACGAAUAUAAUCAUGAAGUUCAUAGCGUUUGUUUCUGGUUCCUUUGCUGCAAUCCUAGCUUUAUUGACUAUAUUUGAUUCCGAGAAUUUUCUAAAUUUUGAAAUUACUAAGGAUAAAACUGUCAUUUUCUAUAUUACCAUUCUUGGUACUAUAUGGUCUGUUUCAAAUGGUGCUGUAUCAAAAGAAUACAAUAUAUUUGAUCCCGAGGAAACAUUACAAGAAUUGGCACAAUUCACUCAUUAUACCCCUGAUGAGUGGAAAGAUAGGUAUCAUACUGAAUAUGUAAAACAAGAAUUUUGUAACCUAUUUUCGUUGAGGAUCCUGAUUUUAUUACGCGAAUUAACGAGUAUGAUACUGACACCUUUUAUCCUUUGGUUUGCAUUACCCCAGUCAGCAGAUAAAAUAGUGGAUUUUUUUAGGGAUUCAUCUAUCUAUAUUGAUGGUUUGGGUUAUGUUUGUAAAUAUGCAAUGUUUGGAGUGCAUGAACCAGAAAAUAUUAACUUUCAAACAAAACCUAGUAAUUUGGGCGGUAAUAAAAUGGGCAAAAGUGGUAUUAUUAAUUCUAUGCAUCCUCUUUCUGAUGAAGACGAAGCCAAUGCGCCUGCACUAAAUAAAAUGAUGCAAUCUUACAUGUACUUUAUUGAUGAUUACGAAAAUGCAGAGAAUAUUACUGGAAAGUAUCAACUCCCAAGCAAGAGACCAGAAAAGAGCAUUAGAAAAAAUAUUUCCAAUGAUGACUAUUCCUGGAAGAAACAAUUUAAGCCAGGUCAAAAUCCAGAUUUAUUUACCAUCGGCAGAAAUACGCAACCAUUGAGGACACAACAGCUUCGAAAAUCUGCUAUAAUAAGAGAUAAUGCAGAUGCGAUUGACUCGACUCUGAAUUCAUUUAUAAUACCUGGAAACCCAGAUGAUGCAAGUAACAAUAUAGAUAUGGAUAAAUCAACAGGUGUUUUCAAGUUGGUAAAAGACUAUUACAAGACAUCAGAUAUUGGAAGAUAG